GGGAACGCGUUCCCAGGCGGGCCCAUGAGGCGGCCCUUGGGCGGCGAGGGUGAUUUCUUUAAGCGCAUCGAGCAGAUGUGCGAGGAUGGCAACAAGAAGCUGGCGGACAGGAUUGAGGGGCGCAUCGGCCGAGUCGAGGAGCGCCUCGGGGGCGUCGACAUGAAACUCGGAGGCUUGGAGGCCAAGGGGAAUGUUAUGGAGGCCAGGCUCGCGAAACUCGAGCUCGGCCAGAAGGCGACCCGGGAGUGGCAGCCCAGUUGCAUCGCGAUCGCGUUUUUUCUUGCGAGUGGAAGGGCAGGGGCAACAUGGGUUGCGACGGGCCUCUCGGAGAGCGGGCCCGCGAAGAAAUCGUCCAGAAUUUGCCAGAACAACUUAGGGCGACGGUCGGCGACCUCAAGAAGAACCAUGCAGAUCCGCGUCGCUUCCAGCCACGUCGGUGAGAUCAUGGGGCGCUGGAGCGAGUUCAUGUCCAGGCCAGUCAACCAUCGCAACGGCCGGGCGCCCCGAGCCCGCGAAGAGCGCCAUCCUGCUUUGCAGGCGCGCUUCAACAAGUGCGGCGAAGUCUGCGACUUCGCGCAGUCCAUGGGGUUUGGCACCGUCACCGUUGAGUGGGCGCCCGUGUUCCAGGUCCGCGUCGACUUCGAGGUGGCGGUGUCGAUUGCGGAGAAAGGGGCUCUCGCGUGGGAUCAGGGUGCGGCCACCAGUCUCGGGGAGGUUUUCAAUGCGGAGCUCAACCAG